GAGCUUCACUAAGUAUCUUCUGUCAGUUGUCGUUGUAACGUGCGCGAGUAUACUAAAUGAGUGAAACUAACGGUAUUAAGUGAAUUUGUGAUAGAUAGCGGUUAACAGUGUAUAAAAUGGGUCUAAAUACCAAAUUCGGUUCGAAUCAAAAACUAGUUUUAUUGACCUUGGCGGCGGCGAUUUCUAUGCAGUCGUGCAUUUUCGCGUUCGAAUUUCCUGAACCCAUUACGAAAUGCCACUUUGUCGAUGAAAAAUGUAUGAUCGAGCAGGCGCACAAGUUGUUUAAGAAAGCUGCCACAGGUGUGCCUGAAAGGGAUAUACCAGCUUUGGAGCCGUUGAAGUUGGAUAAGAUCGAAAUGUUGGGCGAUAAAAAUAGUGCUUUAAAAGUUGACUUGAUAAUGAACGAUGUUGAGAUACAUAAUUAUACGAAGGCGCGCGUUACAUCGAUCAAAGGCUUCAGCAAAGAUCUCAGUAAACCAAUGAAAGUCGUCACGCAAAAUUUCAAUCCGCGUAUCACUAUCAAGUCGAAAUAUAAGAUCAAUGGCAAUAUACUUGUGUUGCCUAUUAGAGGUGAAGGUGAACUCACUAUGGUGUUGGACAAUGUAAAAACCCGCUUUUCGACCACACUCAAAGUGGAGGAGCGUAAUGGUAAAAUUUAUUUGUCUGCUGAUACUAUCAAACUCGAAACUCAAAUGGAUAAGGUUCACACUGACAUGACAAACCUCUUUAAUGGCGACAAAACGCUCUCUGAGAGCAUGCUCCAGGUAUUGAACGACAACUGGCGGUUACUCAGUGAUGAUCUGACGCCGAUUAUCAACGAGGCAUUGGGAAAUAAAGUGAAAGAGUUGUUGAAGAAAUUCUUCAAAGAUGUGCCGUAUGAUGAUUAUUUCUUGGCGGACUAAAUGAGUGUGUUCGAAUAAAAAAUCAUAACACUGUUGAGAAGUAGAAGCAUAUUCACCAUAGAUGAACGAAAUAGCUUUAUAUAUAGUAUUUCGCGGCACAUAUUAACGAGAUGAUGGAAAUACUGUUGUUGACCAAAGAAAAUUGAAAGCUUGUGUCCAUAGUUGAUGUUGUUGGAAAUUUACUGAAUAUUUGCUGUAUUCUUUAUAGAUUGAUAUUUACAGAGCAUAUACAUACAUUAAAAUAUAAAUAAAUGAAAGCAAACACUGUAAUAGAACAAAGGCAUAAGGAAGAUAUCCACUGAUACUUCAAAGUAUAUAUUUAUAAUAUUAUAUAUCGAUAUAUCCUAGUUAUAUUUUCCAAUAUAGAGUAAAUAGUAGACCUGCUACCAAACAAAUCUGCUCAGUAUGUACCAUGGAAAGAGUGGGAAGGGUUGUAUGGUAGCAAAGGUAUUGGAAAUGACAGCUGGUGGGCACGUAAUCGAUUGCUUCGACAAAUAACAAUAAUAGAAACACAGAUAGUCACAUCUAAUACAGGGAAAUGCAAACAAAUACGACUCCACACCCUUGGAACAAGCAGGUCAUGAGUAAAUCACAUAG